AUGGAUACAUCAAACUCUUGGUUUGAUGCCUCAAAAGUACAAAGCCUAAAUUUUGACCUACAAACCAACUCUUAUUACUCAAAUGCUAGAGGCAGUGACCCUUCGAGUUAUGCAAUAGAAGGCGAAUAUAAAACACUAGCAACAGAUGAUUUAGGCAAUAUAUUGAACCUAAACUAUGGUGAAACCAACGAAGUUAUAAUGAAUGAAAUAAAUGACUUAAACCUUCCGCUGGGACCACUUUCUGAUGAAAAAUCUGUCAAGGUUUCUACUUUCUCCGAGUUAAUAGGAAAUGAUUGGCAAAGUAUGAACUUUGACUUAGAAAAUAAUUCAAGAGAAGUGACUCUAAAUGCAACUAGCUUGUUGAAUGAAAAUAGAUUAAAUCAAGACAGUGGUAUGACUGUUUAUCAAAAAACAAUGAGUGAUAAGCCCCACGAUGAAAAGAAGAUUUCCAUGGCGGAUAAUUUAUUGUCGACUAUAAACAAAAGUGAAAUUAAUAAAGGCUUCGAUAGAAACCUCGGGGAAUUACUGUUACAGCAACAACAAGAGUUGCGCGAGCAAUUGAGAGCACAACAAGAGGCUAAUAAGAAGUUAGAGUUAGAACUCAAACAAACACAAUACAAGCAACAACAACUACAGGCUACCUUAGAGAACUCUGAUGGUCCACAGUUUUUAUCUCCCAAAAGGAAGAUCUCUCCUGCUUCAGAAAAUGUGGAGGAUGUAUACGCAAAUAGCCUUUCACCAAUGAUUUCCCCACCAAUGUCUAAUACUUCGUUCACUGGGUCACCUUCUAGGAGAAACAAUAGACAAAAGUACUGCCUGCAGAGAAAAAACUCUAGUGGUACUGUAGGACCACUAUGUUUCCAGGAAUUGAACGAAGGUUUCAAUGACUCCCUCAUUUCACCAAAGAAAAUUCGCUCGAAUCCAAAUGAAAACCUCAGUUCAAAAACCAAAUUUAUUACGCCCUUCACUCCAAAGAGUAGAGUUAGUUCAGCUACGUCCAACUCUGCUAACAUUACCCCUAAUAACUUAAGGUUAGAUUUCAAGAUUAAUGUUGAAGAUCAGGAAAGCGAAUAUUCAGAGAAACCUUUGGGCCUGGGUAUUGAACUUCUUGGAAAACCAGGUCCUUCUCCUACAAAAUCAGUGUCUUUAAAGAGUGCUUCUGUGGAUAUUAUGCCUACAAUUCCUGGGUCUGUAAAUAAUACUCCAUCAGUCAAUAAAGUAUCCCUUUCCUCCAGUUAUAUAGACCAAUAUACACCAAGAGGUAAGCAGUUACACUUUAGCUCUAUCAGUGAGAAUGCAUUGGGUAUCAAUGCUGCGACACCACAUCUAAAGCCGCCGAGCCAGCAAGCACGACAUCGGGAAGGCGUUUUCAAUGAUUUAGACCCUAAUGUACUUACGAAAAAUACAGACAAUGAAGGAGAUGAUAAUGAGGAAAAUGAGCCUGAAAGUAGAUUUGUUAUUUCCGAAACGCCUUCUCCCGUUCUUAAGUCACAAAGUAAGUACGAAGGAAGAUCUCCUCAAUUCGGCACACACAUUAAGGAAAUCAACACAUAUACCACAAAUAGUCCCUCAAAAAUCACAAGAAAACUCACAACACUGCCCAGAGGUUCAAUCGAUAAAUAUGUGAAGGAAAUGCCUGAUAAAACAUUUGAAUGUUUAUUUCCUGGAUGUACAAAAACAUUCAAGAGAAGGUAUAACAUCAGAUCUCAUAUUCAAACACAUUUGGAAGAUCGGCCAUAUUCCUGUGAUCACCCUGGAUGUGAUAAGGCAUUUGUACGAAAUCAUGACUUGAUAAGACACAAAAAAUCGCACCAAGAAAAGGCGUAUGCAUGUCCCUGUGGUAAGAAAUUCAAUAGAGAAGACGCUUUGGUUGUGCACAGAAGUAGAAUGAUUUGCAGCGGUGGUAAAAAGUAUGAAAACGUGGUAAUUAAAAGGUCUCCAAGAAAAAGAGGAAGACCAAGAAAAGAUGGAACUUCAAGUGUUUCUAGUAGUCCAAUCAAAGAAAAUAUUAACAAGGAUCAUAAUGGACAGUUGAUGUUCAAGCUUGAAGAUCAACUCAGAAGAGAGCGUAGUUAUGAUGGGAAUGGAACGGGGAUUAUGGUUUCGCCAAUGAAAACUAAUCAAAGGUAA